AUGAUCUCACAGAAAAUCAUGAGGAACCACUCAGCGAUAACAACCUUCAUCCUUCUGGGACUAACAGAUGACCCACAACUUCAAGUUCUGCUUUUUAUCUUCCUGUUCAUCACAUACAUGCUCAGUGUAACAGGAAACCUGAUUAUCAUCAUCCUCACCUUGGUGGAUCCCCAUCUUAAAACACCCAUGUACUUUUUCCUCAGAAAUUUUUCUUUCCUAGAAGUUUCCUUUACCACAGUCUGUAUUCCGAAAUUCCUAUACAGCUUAUCAAGUGGAGACAAUACCAUUACCUAUAAUGCUUGUGCAAGUCAAAUAUUCUUUGUUAUUCUCUUUGGAGCAACUGAAUUUUUUCUUUUGGCAGCUAUGUCCUAUGAUCGCUAUGUGGCCAUCUGUAAACCCCUUCAUUAUAUGACCAUCAUGAACGCCAAGGUGUGUACCUUACUAGUCGUCUCAUGUUGGGUGUCUGGCUUAAUGAUUAUUGUCCCACCCCUUAGCAUGGGCCUCGAACUUGACUUCUGUGACUCCAAUGCCAUCGAUCAUUUCAGCUGUGAUGCAAGUCCCCUUCUGAAGAUCUCAUGCUCAGACACAUGGGUCAUAGAACAGAUGGUCAUACUUGUGGCUGUCUUUGCACUGAUUAUUACCCUGAUCUGUGUGAUUCUGUCCUACACUUACAUCAUCAGGACCAUUCUGAGAUUCCCUUCCGCACAGCAAAGGAAAAAGGCCUUUUCCACCUGCUCAUCCCACAUGAUUGUGGUUUCCAUCACCUAUGGAAGUUGCAUCUUCAUCUACAUCAAGCCAUCAGCUAAAGAUGAAGUGGCCAUAAAUAAAGGAGUUUCUAUUCUCACUUCCUCUGUUGCGCCUCUGUUGAACCCCUUCAUUUAUACCUUAAGGAACAAGCAAGUUAAACAAGCUCUCAGUUACACUGUAAAGAGGAUUGCACUCAUAUCAAAGAGAUAG